GCGUUGCAUUUUGUUGCCGGAAGCGCCCGCCUUGUCGCAGUUCCCACUAUUGCAGUGAAUACGGUAAAGACUAAAUAGAAAACGGAGCCCGUCAGCUGAUUGCUGUCCAAAAGACGGAAAGAUGGCGGCAGAAAUACAUUCCAGGGCGCAAAGCAGCCGCCCGGUGCUGUUGAACAAAAUUGAAGGGCACCUGGACACGGUGAACGCCGCGAUCCUGCUGCCGAAGGAGGACGGGGUGAUCACAGUGGGCGAGGACAGGACAAUCCGUGUGUGGUUGAAACGAGACAGUGGUCAGUACUGGCCAAGCAUCUAUCACACAGUAUCAGCGCCCUGCACUGCCGUUUCCUACAAUCCUGAUAAUAAACGGAUUUUUAUAGGUCAAGACAAUGGCGCAAUUGUGGUAUUCCAUAUCUGUAAUAAUAUUAAUAUAACCUUUUUUUCUUCUCUCCUUCCAGCACACCAACAUCGUGUUUCGGCGAUCAUGUUUUCUCCAGAGAAUGAAUGGGUUAUAAGCACAGGACAUGACAAAUACCUCAGCUGGAUGUGUACCAGAAGUGGAUGUUUGCAAGGCCGACACUGCUUUAGUGCAUGGGCUUCAUGCCUACAAUAUGACGGAGAAACAAGCCAUGCAUUUGUGGGUGAUGGCUCCGGGCAGAUCACAUUACUGAAGCUUGAACAGAAUACUUGCAGCGUCAUUUCAACAUUAAAAGGACAUGAAGGUGGCAUCGCGACCCUUUGGUGGGACCCUCUCCAGCGACUGCUGUUUUCUGGAGCAUCUGACAACAGUAUUAUUAUGUGGGACAUUGGUGGGAGAAAAGGCAGGACUUUACUUCUUCAGGGUCAUCAUGACAAAGUACAAUCUCUGUGCUACCUGCACCUAUCGCGGCAGCUGAUAUCCUGUGGAGCUGAUGGGGGAAUUGUGGUUUGGAACAUGGAUGCCCAAAGAACAGAGGCUCCACAAUGGCAAGAAAGUGAUUCCUGCCAAAACUGCAAGCAGCCCUUUUUCUGGAACUUCAAACAGAUGUGGGACACCAAGUGCCUUGGUCUACGACAGCAUCACUGCAGAAAAUGUGGGAAUGCGAUAUGUGGGAAGUGCAGUACAAAGCGUACCAGCUAUCCCGUGAUGGGCUUUGAGUUUCAGGUCCGAGUCUGUGACGACUGCUUCAACACCGUCAAGGAUGAAGAUCAAACUUCUCUGGCAACGUUCCAUGAAGGCAAACACAACAUUGUACAUAUGAAUCUGGACAGCGCAAGAGGAUUAAUGGUAACCUGUGGAAACGAUCGCAUUGUGAAGAUCUGGGACAUGACACCUGUUAUCGGCUGCAGUACAGCAACGGGAUUUUCUUCCCAUUGACUUCCAGUCCCCACAACAAUGCGCCUUUUACCUAAAAAGUCUGGCCCGUUCUGCCCACUUGUUACCGAGGAGACCGUGCGAUAAAAGCUGAUCAGACGUUCCGGUGAUAAACCUCUACUCUGCUGAGACGUCUGGACAUUCACUUAGUAAACAUUGAGUCCAAUGCCAUAAGCACAGGAAAAAAAACUCUACAACUAAAAAUCUAAACCUAUCUUUUCUGAUGAAAGAACUGUAAAAUAGUACUGAUAUUACAUAUGGUAUAUUCUAUAUUUAUUCAGUCCCAGGCCUAACCUGAUUUAAUAAAUGUCAAUAACGAAUCAAGAUUGUGGAAGAUAAUUUUUAGAUAUGAAAUGUGUGAUUUAUCUUGGUCAGAGUGCAAUUUUGAAAUUAGUAAAUUGGUGAUUCUGGGUCUGUUUGCAGUGCAAUCAUUUUCAAAGUUGACUUAGUUCUACAAGACAGGUUUUUGUCGUAUGCAGUCUGUGAUCAGAUAGGAGGCACUUUAUAGGGAAUUCAGGCUGCAUUUUUUUUUAAUCAACUGUGGAAAUGUUUAGGUGUACAGGAAAAAGAUGGUCCUACAGCCAAUUUCUUUCCAAAGGUGGUAAGUCACGAGCACUGUUUUUCUUCCAUGCUUGCAAAUUAAGUAAAUUAUUUUGUUAAGUACAUUAUUUAAGCACAAUUUGAUAGAAGGGUGAAAGAAUCCUAGCACUAUUACAAUCACGUCUUUGAGUGUUCAGUGGAGACAGAUUACUUGCCAUUUUCACGGACUUGAGGUCUUGUUGCAUUUUGCAGAGUAGCUUUUGAAAUUGAACUUCCACACAGUUUGUUGUGUAUUUAAUUAUCUCUUAGCUAUAUCUGGCUUGUUCAGAUUAAAGUAGUAGUUAGUCUUAUUUGAUACAGAUUAUAGUUUCCGAUAGAGUGCAUACUGCUUUGAUUUCGGCCUCUCGGUUAAGACCUUUGAUGGCACCGAUGAACAACUGUGUUGUGAGUGUAGAUGUUUGCUACAACUUCCUAGGCCUGGCUUUUCAUUACUAAUUUUGGACUGAGAUAUUUUGCAGAAAACACCAGAAUGGUGAACAACGUACUUCCUUUUUUUUACAUAUCCAAUUACUCGAUGCAAAUGAUAGGUAAUUUUGUUAACUGUAUAUUUCCAACAGUCAUUCAAAUAAGAAGUUAACUUUUGGUUAUGUCUGGUGUUUUUAAUGUUAAUACAGCCACACAGCCUGGUCGAAAUUUUCAUCGGAUUAAUUUUAAGAAACAAGAUAAAAAGCUGUUAAAUUACCUUAAAAUGCAACUGUAGUGUGAUAAAUUCUCGUGGUGAGUGUAAGAACUGGUCAUGUACUUUAAAAUAAAAUGAAACAGCAUCUAUGAUAUUUUUCACAUCAGCAAUUGGUAAUGUCUGAUGAUUUAAACGUGUUACCAUUGCGGCAGGUGACCUUGUGUUAUCCUUUAAUUUAACAUUCCACUCAUUUGGAUAAUUAUCAAAAACUAUUCUGAAUGAUUUCUUACUUUCAUAUUUCCAUUCCAAUUUUUCAUCUCUGGGGGGGGGGGUGGGGGGGAAUCCACCUUUGCUUGUCAUUAUUGAUCACAAGCAGGAAUAUUGACUACUUGCUGUGGUCACCUUCCAAGUUUUUUUCUAUUCCAGUGAAGGUCAGAGAGGGGUACUUUCGGAAGAUCAUUUUGCCAGCGUUUAACACUAUUGAUCAAUUAUCUCCUCUAUUCCUUUUGAGCUCGCCCACUUCAAAUGGUGCACUGGGUGAUGGAAAGAAAAUGUGUGGCAGAGAGGCGCAUUAGUAGAGUUGCUCCAGUGCAGCGUCUGAGACCCGGGUUCGAUCCUGACCACGGAUGCUGCCUGUGUACAGUGGGGCUUAGAAGAUUAAUAAUAGACUUUGCGCUGGAUCAGAUUCUUAUUUGCUUUCCCCCUUUGCCAAAAAGCAAAUGCAUAAUAGCUUAAUAUCUGAAAUCUAACUUCCUUGGAUGUCUGUUGAAAAUAAUACUGAGCUGCAACAUGUAUUUUAAUUAAUUUGCAAUAUAGUACAUAAACAACAACAGCAGUUCAUUGCUGUCAUUAAUGUACUUUUAUCCCAAUGCCUUUUCUAAAAACUGUUGAAAUAACCUUAUUUAUUUUUAAGCAAUUUGUUUCAAUAGUCUUACACUCCCAAGUAUUACUAUUUAUCAAAUAGAAAAAAUACCAAGCAUUGCUCAAUACCUUGGUAUUUCACAUCGAAGUCACCCUUUAUGCUUACGCUACUGAAUUUGAUGAGUUUCUGCUGUUAUACUGUACAUCAAAAUGGCAAUUACUGCCAUAAAAUAAACUAGCUUCUUAAACAUGAA